AGGGAGAGGUAACGAGUUAAGUCGUGUCCUGCUGCAGAUCUACAAAAUAUAUGAAGCAAGAAGAAGAAGGAGAGGGAGAAGAAGAAGUGUGCAUGGUGGGAGUUGUGUGAAAAUGCGCAGCUGAGGUGUGAAGACACACCGUGAAAGUUGAAUUUUCACGACAACACGACUUUGAUUUCCACGGAUGAACUGGUGCUCAUGGGAGAGCAGACAUGACCCGAGGGAGAUUGCUGGUCAGCGCACGCGGAGGAGUGACGUGCUCAGCUCCGGUUUGACUGACGCGCUCGCGUGUGUGUUUGUUGAUGUGUCCAUGUGGCGUUGAGCGUUAAAGUGCCGGCUGAGCUCUUUCUCCCCCCCCCCCCCGUCUCGCUCUCAUUGCUUGCCGUUAUAUCCUCGCUCACCAUAGCUCGAGUAUCAGUUACCGGGUCCCGACCAAUCCCCGCGCGCUCUCAGAGCUCGAGAGGAGACAGCAGCAGCGGAGAGCAGACCGAAGAGAGGCAGACACAUACAGAGACUAGAGAAGGCGAGAGGAGCACACACCCAACCAUCUAUCUAUCUAUCCAUCCAUCCAUCCAUCGUCUGUCCUCCUUCACCCCCUCCCAGCACACAUCCAGCUCCCUCCCCCCUCCUCUUUUCCUCCCCUCGCCCUCCAGGUCCUCCUGACUGCAGCUGUUUGGGUUAACCGGGGAGGCGCGAGGCAGGAUGCGCGAUGGGACAAGCGUGCGGACACGCGCUCCUCUGCCGUAGCCAGCCGCCGUCCUCCGAGAUACGCGGUCAGCAAGUGUUUCUGCGUCCUGAGGAGAGUUCAGCUCCAGCGCUGACUACCAGACAGUCCACCACGUUGUCCGAACAACUUCAGGAUGCUUUGCUGCGGCUGGCGGCAGUUGUCGACGCACGCUCGCUUCGAGUGGCCCUUCGAGACAGCAUACAGGAGUUGCUACCGAGCACGGAGUGUGUGUGUGUCUACAUGCUGGAGGGAUACUCGAGGCUGCUAUGUGACAACCCGCCACACGAACUGCCACACGAGGGAAAGAUCAGGAGUAUUGUGGACCAGCUGAAGCGAUGUCAGUGCGCCGGCCUCCCUCCGUCCGAACUGCCAGAGAAAUACAGAAUCUGCCUCGCAGCUCCAUUACCAGCACACAGAAGAGCUGUUGUCAUUCCUCUCUUGGAUCAGGAGCAGGACAAGGCCAUCGCUGUCUUACUGGUGGGCUGUAAUCCACUAUCUGAUCAGGAUGAACUGCAUCUUAACAUGCUGGAGAAACAUGCCUCAGUGGCAUGCACGCGAGUCCAGGCUGUUCAGACGUCCUACCAGAGGCCUCCUCUCAGCCCCUCUCCCAUACAGUCCCACAAUGCACUGCUGCACCUCAACGUCUCGGAGCAGGACUACUGCGAGCUGGACCGCAACAUCCUGCAACUCUGUGGUGAGCUCUUUGACCUUGAUGCGGCCUCUCUGCAGCUCAAAGUCAUCAAUUAUCUGCAGCAGCAGACUCAUUCACAGUGCUGUUGUUUGCUGCUGGUAUCCGAGGACAACCACCAGCUUUUCUGCCAGGUAGUUGGAGACAAAGUCUUGGAGGAGGAGAUCAGCUUCCCGCUGAUGUUUGGACGCUUUGGUCAGGUUGUGGAGAAGAAGAAAUCGAUUACUCUUCAGGACAUCAGUGCUGAGGAGCGAAGGCAACUGUCCAGCAUGUUGGGCUGUGAGAUCUCCUCCAUGCUUUGUGUACCGGUGGCGAGCAGGGCCACCGGUCAGGUGGUGGCUCUAGCGUGCGCCUUCAACAAGCAGGGUGGGCAAAGACACACAGAGGCAGAUGAGCAUGCAAUCCAGCACUGUUUCUGCUACACUUCAACAGUCCUCACUUCAACUUUGGCCUUCCAGAAGGAACAGAAACUCAAAGUGGAGUGCCAGGCACUCUUACAAGUGGCCAAGAAUCUCUUCACACACUUGGAUGAUGUGUCAGUGCUGUUACAGGAAAUUAUAGUGGAGGCCAGGAACCUCAGUGGCGCAGAGAUCUGCUCCGUGUUCCUGCUGGAUCGUCUCAGUCAUGAGUUGGUGGCGAAGGUGUUUGACGGAGGCGUGGUCAGUGACGAAGAGAAGGAGUUCCGUAUUCCAGCAGAUCAGGGUAUUGCAGGUCACGUGGCGACCACCGGUCAGAUCUUGAACAUUAAGGAUGCCUACUCCCAUCCUCUCUUCUACCGCGGCGUGGACGACAGCACCGGCUUCAAGACUCGCAACAUCCUCUGCUUCCCCAUCAAAGAUGAGAACAACGAGGUGAUUGGGGUGGCAGAGCUGGUGAAUAAAAUGAACGGGCCGUGGUUCAACCGCUUUGAUGAGGACCUGGCCACGGCGUUCUCCAUCUACUGUGGUAUCAGCAUCGCCCAUUCUCUGCUCUACAAGAGAGUCCAUGAAGCUCAGUUCAGGUCCCACCUGGCCAAUGAAAUGAUGAUGUACCACAUGAAGGUUUCAGAGGAAGAGGUCACUAAGCUGCUGGUGACGGGGAUUGAACCCGUCAAGGAGAUCCACCCCUGCUUCGCCGAGUUCACGUACACGCCUCGCUCCCUGCCUGAUGACACCACGCCGCUGUGCGUCCUCAGCAUGUUUGAAGACAUGGGUUUCAUCAACACCUACAAGAUUGACCUGCACACUCUCGCCAGGUUCUGUCUGAUGGUGAAGAAAGGCUACAGGGACCCUCCGUACCACAACUGGAUGCACGCCUUCUCUGUCUCACACUUCUGCUACCUGCUCUACAAAAACCUAGGGCUGUCCAACUACCUCGAGGAUAUAGAGAUUCUAGCUCUCUUUGUCUCCUGUAUGUGCCAUGACCUGGACCACCGUGGCACCAACAAUUCUUUCCAAGUCGCCUCACAAUCUGUGCUGGCUGCUCUCUACAGCUCAGAGGGAUCUGUGAUGGAGAGACAUCACUUUGCCCAGGCCAUCGCCAUUCUGAACACUCACGGCUGCAACAUCUUUGAGAAGUUCAACAGGAAGGACUACUCGCGCAUGCUGGAUUUGAUUCGAGACAUCAUUCUGGCGACGGACCUGGCUCACCACCUUCGCAUUUUCAAGGACUUGCAGAAGAUGGCUGAUGAUGGAUACAACCCCAAAAGCCGUAACCACCGCUCCAUGCUGCUGUGCCUGUUGAUGACAUCGUGUGACCUGUCAGACCAAACCAAGGGCUGGAAAACCACACGCAAGAUUGCUGAGCUGAUUUAUAAAGAGUUCUUUUCUCAAGGAGAUCUGGAAAAAGCCAUGGGGAACAGGCCCAGUGAGAUGAUGGACAGAGAGAAAGCGUACAUCCCAGAACUACAGAUAAGCUUCAUGGAACAUAUCGCCAUGCCUAUUUACAAGCUCUUAUCUGAACUGUUUCCUGGGGCCACUGAGCUGUACGAGAGAGUGGCGGCAAAUCGGGAGCAGUGGACCAAAGUGUCCCACAAGUUCACCAUCCGUGGGUUGCCUAGCAACAACAGCCUAGACUUCCUGGACCAGGAAUAUGAGCUCCUGCAAGCCCAGGGUGCUUUCGGGAGCGACGACCACUGCCUCAACGGUUGCCUGGACGAUGCAGACGGAGGGAGCGGUCAGUGACAACAGCGGGCUGCUGACAGUUUCUUGAAGUUUUCUGUGGUCCAAUAAGAGGCCAAGGAUACCUUUUUAGCGACCUGAGAGGAAGGGAUCUCUCUGCUGUCAAUCACUUAGAUGCUUAGCAGGCCAUGCAGAACGAACAGGACAAAGUUUCAAACUAAUCGAAUCAGACAAGCGAUUUGAAAUGAGCGGAUCCAUCUGAGCCGGUUCAGUGAUUAGAUGCUACAUGUUGCUUGUGUCUCCAGUUCAGGAAAGCAGAAGGUGGUGACUUUUAUCUUUUUCAGCAGCUAUACUGGAAAAAUAAGUUUUUAACCGCAACUCACACGUUCAUUGACACAGUACUGAUCCUGAAUACGAUUGUAAAAACACACACACACACACUGACACACUGACACAAAUAUGUACAUGCGCAUACUGUUUAGACACACGACAGAGAAGAAAAAAAAACAGUUCUUAUGGAAAAAGACUACUUCAACAUGUAACAGUGAGAUAAAGUGCUAUACUUUCUGUAAAAUGUUUCAUAAUAGCUAUUAUUGAUUUCAAUGGCUCAGCUUUGUUCACACAUAAGCAGCUGCCAUAGUCCCUCACCUGAUGCUUAUGAAUGCAUGCUGUAUGGACACCUCAUGUAUUAUUCCUUUUAUCUUUGUCAGUGCUGAUUUCUCCAUGGCUAAGGAAUUAAUGCAGUCCAUUUUUAUACCAUCAGAACAGAUUUUUGUAUUCAGCUCUUCAAAAAAUCUUGAUUAAUUCAUCACCAAAAAGCUGUACAAGGGAGAUUUAAUUAAUUUACUUAGACAGCGUUAAAACCCUCAUGUGUACUGAUUAACAUUUCCUCAUUUUGGGGAGGUUUAAGGGACAAAUUGACAAUCACUGAUCAACGACGGAGUCACAUAUCCCUGGCCAUAAUAACCUUCUCCAUGCAUAAAACAUUGAAACACACACACACCCUGUGCAUAUUAACUGCAUGCCACUGCAUCAAGUAGGCAUCUACACCUCAAACAAAGGUCACCCAUGACCUUAAAACACUCCCUCGUGAGUUUAUUUUUCUCUGCCAUCCCUCCCACUCCCUUGCACCGUGCUCACUCCCUUUUACUUUUCAGUUCACAGAUUUCCUCAUGAACCACGUUAGACAGAGAGCAACCGAAGCCCUUUAAAAGAUCCAUCUCAUCUGUCAGUGUAAAUGUGCCACAGUAGAACGUGUUCUAUGGAGUGUGUCAUUGACUGUGUCAUAUGGAUCUGCCUUAUUGCGCAUCUUUGCUGCCUUUCUUAGAGCUUUUAAUAUAUGAAAAUUGAAAUAAAGAGUCUGUUUGGUAUGUAUGUUGUAUAUUUGUUAUAGACAUAGUUUGAGUAUCAAUGUGGUGGAUGAAUGAUCACAAUGCUCAAAAGAUGUAUAUUUGUGAAAUACCUGUGUGAAGACCUCAGAUGUCAUGUUCACUUCUUUAUAUUUUAAAUUAUAUAUAUAACAACCACCAGUGAAUAUUAGGCAGACCCAAUGGCGUUUGUUUUAUUUUUCAGUUCUCAAUGCACCCAAAAAACAGUUUUAAGGAAGGAACUAGAGAUGUAGCCAUCAUUGAAAUGACAAGCAUCGACAGUCCACUACUGCUGCAUCCCAAAGGAAAUGAAAAUUAGAGUUCUCAGAUUGUGCCUCGUGUAAAAAAAACAAAAACAAAAAAAAGGGGAAGCCAUGGGGUUUUGUGUUACAAUAUGCCAUAUUCAGUUUUACCUUGCGAUGUUUAACAUAGGAAAUGCUGCAGAAUAGUUACAUGAAGAGAAACUUCUGUUAUGGAUACUACCGCUGUAUGUAGGCUGUGCGUGGAGAGGUGAGAGCGUGCGAGCAGCUGAGUGGACAGAUGAGUGGGUGUGUAGAUGUGAUGGAGAAAGAGAGAGAAAGCACAGGAGGUAGCUGAGAUCAAGAGGAUGAUGUUUGCUUUAAAAAGCUGAUGUUAAAAGUAAUGAUGCAGACGCAAACCUCAAGUGAUCUUGCUCGAAUCUCUUAAGUCGAUAAUGCUAAUGAAGGUAGAUUAAAGCAAAAAUAUUGGAAUUGUAGGAUUUAAAUAUAUAAUUUUUCUUGAGAGUCUCUUGAAUGUGCAUUAGGGAGGAAGGUUAAUCGGUGAGCAAAGUGGUUUGAUGUGUGUUAUACCUACAUUGGGAUGGAUUUAUCUGCUUCAUGGACUGAAUAUUUUUUAGGAUAAGUUUCUUAAAGGGCGUACAGACUCUCUCUCUCUUUCUCUCACGUGUGAUUUCGCCUCUUGUAUUAUUUCUAAACCACCAUUUCAUACGUACCUGCCUUUUUCAUGUGCAAUAUGAAGUGUCUGCCUCUGUGACUUUGCAUAGAGUCCUAUGUAAAUACCUAUGCCUCUUGUUAAAUUAUUAUCAGGUCUGAGUUUCCAAAGGCAUUUCAGUGUUAGAUCAUGAUAAAAAAAAAUCAAAUGCCUGUCACAGUUUUAAUCCUAAAAUGCUUUUGGGAGUUCAGACCUAGGACAGUUUCUAUACUGAGUGUGUAUCUGUCCCUUUAUGUUUUGUUUUAGAGAGUCAGGGCUAAAUGUGCCAAGCAAAUGUUGUCUACUUCCUGGCCAAGCUGCAAAUUGAAAUUUAUUUUUGUUCUCUAAUGCUGGGGGGAAAGUCGAGGGCUGUGUUCAUAUAAAACCUUUUUUGAUCCAUGACCGGGUCUGAAACUGCGGCUCAUCCAGGAAGUAUGACCCAAUCUAUUUCCCAUCAUCACAGAUCAACGGGACUCUAACCUGUGAUGUAACGUCAUUGUAACGAUCACCUGUGACAUAAUUGUUAAAAGUGGCAAAAAAAUAAUUGCUGUAAAUAUCAAAGUUUUAAAAGAAAAUGUUAUUUGAUUGUCUGUCAUUAUUACAAUGGGAAGUAUUUCAAUUCUGUAAUGUAUUUAAAGUGGUUGCAUCCUGUUCUCUUUUCUUUUCUUUUUUUUUUGACGCCAUGUUUGAACAACCCCGAGCUUAGUGUUUUAGACAGAGGUGAUGAAAGAAAAACAUAUGUGUAUUUAGGUUAUACAUAUGAUACUCUGCCACAAUUAAGAACCCAAAUUAAUCUGACUUGUAUACAUGAUGCUCAUACUGAGGACUAAAAGCAGUCAUCUGUUAAUUAUUUGUUCUGUUGAGUUCUGAGUGCUGGUGGUCUUGUUCUUCUUCAGAUGUAAUGAACAAGGACAUUUUUUGACAAGGAGACAAAUGGAUGAAAUUUUGAGAUUUUUUUUCUCUUUCUUGGAAUAAAUCUGGUGAAAUGCUC